AUGCGAAAACCACUAUUCCUCCUCAUAGUGGAAGCUGUUACAGCCAAUGAACGACAUUUUCAACAAACACGUGAUGCCACAGGAAGACAAGAUUAUCAAUACUUUCAAAGCUAUGAAACUUCACAGUUUUUUGCAAAUCCCAAUCAAUUUCCCAUCACUGAAAAUGAUCUAACCUCACAAAAUACCGGAAAAAAUCCAAGAGGUGAUAAACGGGAUGCUGAUGAAGAUAUCGCUUUAAUGUCAGCAUAUUGUAUCGUUACUAAAGUUGAGAGACGUGGAAAAAACAGAAAGAAAACAUCAAUAUGGGCACGAGUGAGGGAGCUAUAUGAUGCAAAUCAGGCGGAAAAUCCAGGAAAACUUGGUAACAGGAGCAUAACUCAAAUGAAAGGUCGUUAUAAACGACUUAAUGAAAGUGCCGGAAAAUGGGUUGGUAUUUACUGA